CGGGAAGAAAUCCCCCCCGGUGAUCAUUGUUGAUGAAGGCCCUGCCCCCGGGCCAGAUGAGGACAUGCAGGUGGCGAAGGUGCCGUCGGGAGUUCAGGGGCCAUCUUCCGAGGUCCUCAUGGUUUCCCUCCCGGCUGGUACGGCCGUGAUGAAUGGUACCGCCGACCCGAGGGCGCUUCUGCGAGGCAUCACCCUCGAGAUUGACAGGGUUGCCCUCGGGGCUGAUGAAGACGAAGCCCUCGAGGACAGGAUCCUCCGGUCCUCCCUUACAACCUGCAUUGCCCUCGGGGAGCAAGCCCGGCGGCUAGAGGAGUGGCGCCUUCGCAAGGCCGAGCAGGAGGCCAAGAUGCAGGAGCUCAUCCGCCAGAAUGCAGACGCUGUGCGGCAGAUGGCCAUGCUGGAGGAGAGCCUUCGGCAAAUGACCCUGCGAGCGGAGGCCGCGGAUCGGGGUAGGGCAGAAGCCGAGAGGUCCGCAGCUGAGGCCUUGGAGAAGGCUGCCAAGGAAGCCGAGGCCGCGAAGGUUGAAGCCGUCGAGAGAGCCCGGGAGGACGCAAUCUCGGGGUUCUUGGCAGGGGGAUGGCGGUCCGAGGAGCACAAGCAAUGGCUGUCCUCGGUCGUCGAGUCCUCGGUCGACGAGUGGUGCGAUGGGCCUGGCGUGGAGUGGGUUUCCCGAAAGGGUAAACAAUACUACGAUGGGGGCGAGUUCUUCACUCAAGCCCUCAUCUAUCGGAGGAUGGCUCGCCACUUGAAGAUCGAGCCAAAGGACUUUGACCCGGCAGCAUACGGACUCCCCCCCUGCAGCCAGACAUCCGCGUUCCUCUUCCCCCCGAUGUCGAGAGGCCAGACCUAGAGGACUCUGAGCUCAUGAAGGAAGCCGAGGGCGACGAACCUGAGGCCGACGCAGAAGUGACCUCGAAGCCAUCGGGGGAGGCGGCCCCCGGG